CAACCAGUUGCAGAAGAGAAAAACCGAGCCAGCGCAAGAUAAAAUGGCUAUCGAUAAUUUUGAAAAAUGUAUUGUCGAUGUGAGAAAUAAAAUUGAUGACAUAAUAAAUGAAGCCAAAAGUAUUAGCACUGAACCCCAAGGCAACAAAAGGAGACGACAUAAUAAUAGCAGUCACGGUCACCGAGUUGCCGCAUUAGAAGUAUGCGACAAUAUAAUUUCAAUUCAAAAAUCAUUUGGCAGCCGCAUCCCUUUUUUUCCCCGAACACUUUGGAUAAUACUGUGGUAAGUUUCCUGAUGACAAGUUGGAAACUACCUGUUUGGCUUAUCCCGAAUUAGAAAAAAGUCGUUUAAAGACAGAGUUGUCUGUUAUUUAUGCACGGAAUGAUUGCCAAGAUUUAGAUGGAAC